AUGGCGGCGCAAACCGUUCCAAAUUACAGUCGCGAUGUUCGCCAUGGCAAAUCAGGCUCCGGUUCUUCAUCCAACUAUGGGCCAAUCCCUGGAUCACCUACUCUCACAAAUCCUGAUAUGAUCUUGCCCGAUUAUGAUUUCGAUGCCGCUUUCGAUCAGCUGUCACAACAACCACACAUCCCCAUGUGGGACAAUGCUCAAACCACCGACAUGCACUUCCAUCUCCCUACUUCGCAGAACCAAUUUAUCGCCGGGCCUAUUUCUCAUCCGACCCCUAUCAUAUAUGGAAAUGGAACCAUGUUGUCCGAUAUUGGCGAGGUGACGGAAGUAGAGAGUGUUGUGGGAAAGGGGGCACGGCGUGGAUCGGCGCAGUUAUCUGUCUACAGCAACGACGAUCACCUACUAGGCUCUACACCAACUGCGGGCGCAUCGCGCAUCAAGCCAAGGUCACAAAUACAGCAACGUGAAAGAAAAUCUUCACUCGACUCUAAUAGCACCAUAACGUCGCACGGCCGUGGCGCACAAUUUGGUGAUUUUGACGAUGCUGUUAGCGUCGACGAUGUUGACUUCCAGGGCGAUGACGAAGAGAGUAUGGCAUCGUCCUAUGUCGAGGGAACCUCUGCGCGAGAACCCAAGGCUGUGCGCGUACCUCGUAUCGAAGACAUCUCAAACCAACGCUAUUCGACCAGUUCUCUGAGUGAUAGGGCCGAACAGAUUCUGGCCAAUGCCAAGCAAAGAUUAACGGCAAUGGAAGGAAAUCUCUACAGAGCAAAAGGUUCUCUGUAUUCUCCCACGUCCGAUGGGUCGACGCCGUCUCCCUCAAUCGCGCGGCCUGCGACAUCCUUACGAGAGUCUGGUGCAGGUUUAGGCUCAGGCUCAGUACAAGGGCACUCUAGGAAUACAAGCGAAAACAAGUUUCACAAUGGGAUUGCGAGUCCAACUUUUCCGCAACGAUCUGCCAGUGCCCUGGGGGCUGCCGGGGGUUACCGUCAACCGUUGACUUCUUCAAGAAGUGCAGAUGCUUUGGGAAUUGGCUACGGCGCUUCAUCUCAGAGAAGCCCUGUAAGCGCCCUUGAUCCUAUGAUGGAAGCUUUGAGCGAAGACGAAGGCGGCAUGCCUGGGAAUAGUCGACGCAGCUCCCACCUCUAUAGCCAGCUCAGCCCGGCUUUUGGGUCCAUGACAGACUCCGAUAUACCCAGGUCUCCAUCAGUGGCUCAGGUACGCGACCUAAAGCACCAAAUGAAAGAUUUGAGAGGGAAAAUUUCCAGUCUCAAGGAGCAGGCACGGGCCGACAGUAUGAAGCGACGUAGUUUGCAGAGCCUUAGGACACCUAGUCCGUUUACGCACUCGAGAUGGGACCAGGCAUUGCCAGAGUCUAGGAAAUCGCAAGAAAGCACGCCUGAUGCGCUUAACUGGCAAGCACCGUGGAAUGCGGACACUCCUGGUGAGAAGCCUGAUGGUCAGAUCUCACCCAAACAGGAUACAAAGGGAGCUUCAGAGCUGGAAAGAGCCAAGACAGCAGAUAUCGAGUACGAAGACGCUCUUGAGCCACCAGGUGAAACAUCGACCAAGGAUGCGAAGGUGUCUGCUCCAGUGGACGAAAUACUCGGUCCUCAAAACGACUCUCAAGCGCAGGAAAACGACGACAUGAUUGACGACGGCGAAACAUGGGAGGGAGAUUUGGAACUAGAGGAUGAGGAAGUGAAGGAAGAACUUCAAUACAAUCAACAAACGGAUGGAUAUGAUGACAACCUGGAGGAGGAGGACGACGAGUUUGUGGACUUUGAAAGCGAAAGUGGCGAGUCGUCUUACCACGAUGCGAUUCAAACCCCCGUGUCUCACGAGGACCGCGAAGACGCUUUCGACUACGAGCACUUCUUCCUCCAUUCAGCAAUGGGAUCAAUGAGCCACCAUAGACGCGGGAGCUGGAGCAGUGUGAGCUCGGAUGAUUCCGUCGAGACAACUCGUGGGCCCGUUAUCACUCCGGCUCCUGGUACUGACUCUGAUUCUGACCACGAACGGAGGCCGAGUGUUGAGUCCAUGGCAUCCUUCAACUCUUUCACCACAGCGACCGAGGGUCGCUCGAGCCGUAACUCAACCUUUGGGAAUGUGACUGAGACUGUUGUGGAAGUUCAAGGGGGUAUGAAAGGGCCUUUGAGUGGGAAGCGAACAACAUUUGGGGGGUUCAAGUUCCCUCAAGGAAGAGCUGUUUCCAGGAGCGGUUCGGUCGACCUCCAACAACAGCAGCAACAGCCUCGACGUGGCACGGUAGUGCAUCGCCCUGCCAGCAGUGCAGCUAGUUACGCACGCCAUCGCCCUUCUAUGCCGUCUUUCGGAUCCACAGGGACGAACCGAAGCUUUCCCCUGGUGGACAAAUCCAAGACGGCCAAUGGGAUUCUGACUCCCAAUAGCAGCACUCCUGGAGGAUCACCCGACUCGGAGCUCAAGCAGAUCUCUGCAAGCCUCUUGAACGAAGCAGCGACCUUGGGCGGCAUCGAGACAGUCAACAGGGAUGGCGAUGCGUCGCCUAUGCAAGGGAUUGACAAGGAAAGUCAGAUCCUGGUAGAGAGGCUUGUGGCCAGUCUCGGCAAGUGCGUGCUUGGUUUGACAGAGUCGUCGAGAGCCGGAUCAGAGGCACGCAUGUAUCGCAGGAGGAUCGAUGCUGCGCGGCGCGUACUCGAAGGUCUUGAUGAGUGA